AUGAAAUGGGGGUUUAGAAAAGUUGAUGCAGAUCGUUAUGAGUUUGCGAAUGACUGGUUUGUGAGAGGUCAAAAGGAGUUGCUAAAGAAUGUAAUGAGGAGGAAGAAUGUUCAGAGUAGUGAGCAUCAGAGCAAAUCUACAGCUGCUCCUACUCAGGGAAAGUCCGAGAAGAAAAACAGAGUUCAAGGGAUGGAAGAGAGUCAACAAGAGAUGCUUUCUUUUUUGGUUAUGGUUAUGCAGAAUCCAAGUCUUUUGGUUCGUUUGCUUCAGCCUAAGGAAAACAGUUGGAGAAAGACGGAAUGGGGAGUAGGAGGAGCGAAGAUUUUGGAGGAAGUUACUGAUGAUGGAGAAACAAACUGGAAUGGUCUUCCUUUAGUAACAUACCAAAAGCCACAAUCAGAGGGAACAACAACAAAGUCAAGCUCGAAUGACAUAAAUGAUUUCUUGAGUAACGCUGACAUGUUGAAGUUCUGCUUGGAUGAGAAGAGUGUGCCGUUGAUCAUACCUGAUUUGUAUGAUGAAGGGGCUUGGGAAAAGCUUUUGUUGUUGAGCCCUUCAAAGAAGAAGAAGAAUGUGCAGGAGAAGAAUGUGAAGAAGGGAAAAGAUGAUGUGACAUUGGAGGAGAAGGAUGAUGAAGAUGGAGGAAGAAUGGAACUAGACAAGAGUGUUGCACUCGAGCUGAUAGAAGAAGAAAUGGAGAAAGCAGAUGAUUAUGAUAUUGGACAGCUUACUCCAGAGAGGUCUAGGAAUCUUGAGAUUCUUACACAGCAUAUGAGAUUGCUGGCUUCAGAUUAG